GAGAAAUUGCAUCUAUAUUCUAAUGGCGAAUCUCCUUUCAAGUGGCAUUAUUGCAAAUAACAAAGUUCCUCAAAAAUACGUUCUUCCCCCUGGAAGAAGACCUGCUCUUGAAGGAAAAAUUGAUAUUCCAGUAGUUGAUCUUCACGACAAAUCGAAUUUAGUUCGACACAUUAUGAAUGCUAGCCAAGAUUUUGGACUAUUCCAGGUUAUAAACCAUGGUAUUUCAAGCGAGUUGAUGAAUGAUGCAAUGAAAGUAUUCAAGGAGGUAUUUAAUUUGGCUCCAGAAGAAAGAUCACAAAUAAACAUGAAAGAGGACCUAAAUCAAGUUUGCAGAAUGUAUUCAAGUAGCUUAAAUUAUGAUAAUGAGGAAUUUCACUUAUGGAGGGAUAUUUUGAGGCACAGUUGUAACCCUCUGGAGGAAUGCAUAAAAUAUUGGCCUCAAAAGCCAGAAAAUUAUAGGGAGAUAGUUGGAGCAUAUGUUAUAGCUUUAAAGAAGAUGUCAAUGAUGAUCCUAGAACACAUCUCUGAAGGGCUUGGGCUAGAGCCAGGAUACUUUGCAAAUGAGCUAAGUGAAGGUAACGUCUUAACAAUAAAUCAGUAUCCACCAUGCCCAGACCCAAGUGUGACAAUGGGACUACCACAGCAUAAAGAUCCGACCCUUAUAAACACAGUUCAAGCAACACCAGUUGAUGUUCCAGGGCUCCAACUCUUAAAGGAUGGGAAAUGGCUUGAAUUUGAGAUGGCUCCUAAUGCAAUUUUGGUUUUCAUAGGCAAUCAACUUGAGGUUAUUAGCAAUGGAAAGCUGAAAGCUGCAGUGCAUAGAGCAGUAACAAAUGCUAGUAAAGCACGAACAACUGCAGUCUUCUUCAUUAAUCCAUCGAUGGAAUGCAUGGUUGAGCCAGCAAAAGUUAUUCUUGAAGCAGAAAAUUGUGCACCACUUUACAAGGCAUUUCGAUACAAGGAGUAUUUUGACAUUCACACAGGCCAUGAUGUGGAUAGAUCUGCUAUACUCGAAAAUUAUAAUUUUAAGAUCAAAUAUUGAAAUAUGCCAAAAGUAUUGUUUUUUUUUAAUGUUACAGCUCUUAUAGAUAGUGAUAA